AGCACGUUGUAGGCGCCAUACUGGUCCACGCCGUGCAUCCUGAGGAUCUGCACCACAGCGUUGCUGAAGCCGCACUGCGGUUUGGCGGGAGUGCCCUUGAUGAAGACCACCACCUUGUGCUGCCUCACCAAACUGUCCAGAUGCUGGCGGCCGCCGCUGCCCUCCCCGACACCCCGCCUGCCGCUGCCGCUCCAGCCUGUGACCGGGAGCCUGGGUUCGCACAGCCGCGCCGACAGACGCCAAGACAACCUGAGGAGGGAGGCCAUAGAGCCGGUGCUCUACACCUAUUUCAGGAGCUCAUGUUCGUGGAGAGUUCGAAUCGCCCUGGCUCUGAAGGGGAUUGAAUAUGAACAGGUCGCAGUUCAUCUGGUCAAAGAUGGGGGACAGCAGCACGCCGAGGAGUUUAAGGUUGUCAAUCCCAUGAGGCAGGUACCGGCUCUCCACAUCGAUGGCAUCACUAUCUCCCAGUCGUUGGCUAUAAUCCAAUACCUGGACGAAACCCGGCCUGGACCUCAGCUCCUCCCUCAGGACAGCAAGAAGAGGGCAGAGGUUCGCAUGAUAUCUGACCUCAUCGCCUCCGGCAUCCAGCCCCUGCAGAACCUGGCUGUUUUGCACCGAGUUGGUGAGGAGCAGCAGGAGGCCUGGGCUCACGACUUCAUUGUCCAGGGUUUUGCAGCUCUGGAGAGAGUCCUGCAGGACACGGCCGGUCGCUGCUGUGUUGGGGAUGAGGUGACCAUGGCUGACAUGUGCCUGGUGCCACAGGUGUUCAACGCCACCAGGAGGUUUAAAGUGGACAUGACUCCGUUUCCCACCAUCGCGAGGAUUAACAAAGCUCUGUUAGAGCUGAAGGCAUUUAAAGUGAGUGAGCCGUCCUGCCAGCCCGACACCCCCGCCGAGCAGCGAGCCUGACUGGGGCCCGGGCUGGGGAGCGGAGGCCACGGAGAGGGAGCGGAGGACAGGGAGCUGACAGCAAACUCCCACCUCAGCAUUAAGAGCUGCUGCUCAACAAUACGGUGUUUAUAUAGCGUCCGUCACCCGAGGCCGAGGCUCAUUCCCUCAGCCGCUAAGAUGGUGGGAUGUCAGGCGAGGAGCAUCCUGGCCAAUCACAAACAUCCCACAGGAGACUCCUACCCGGUGGUUCUGUCUGUCCACACGCGGUGAUUGAAUCAUUUGUUGCUGUGAUUGACUUAAGAAUAAAACAAAAUUUUGAAACGAA